AUGACCAAGCUGAUUAUCGCGAGUAAAGCGCCCGUGGUGGCGUACUCCGAGCUUAUUGCCGCCCGCUUAGUGAAUGCGGCAAAGCCCUCGAGUAUUGAAAUUGAGUUCACCGAAGACAAGAAAGCUCCGGCUGCCGUUUUGGAAGGUGCAUCUGAUGGUGUGCUGAAGAAAAUCGUUGACAGUCAUCCUAAUGUUUUCGAACAGAGCACAGAUGAUGCUGCUGAAUGGAUCAAGUUCGCUGGUGAAGAACUUACUGUCAAGAACUUCGCCAAGCUUUCUGUCUCGCUGGAAAAACUAGACGCUCGUUUGAACCUCAGAACUUUCAUUUCUGGCGGACAAUCCUUUUCGCCAGCUGAUGUUGCGUGCUGGGGCUCUCUAAGAUCCAAUGGUAUGGUCGGAUCCAUCAUCAAGAACAAAGUGUACAUCAAUGUCUCUCGUUGGUACACACUCUUGGAGCAAGUUCCAGAGUUUGGAACUGCUCAUGAGUUUUUGACGAAAUCAGUGCAGGAGCUUAAAAAAUCGGCAACCGUCGGUAAGAAAAAGGAAACGCAUAAGGCCAAUUUUGAGAUUGACUUGCCUGAUGCCAAGAUCGGCGAAGUUGUAACCCGUUUCCCACCCGAGCCUUCUGGAUAUUUGCACAUUGGACAUGCUAAAGCUGCUAUUCUCAACCAGUACUUUGCACAGGAAUACAAGGGUAAGCUCAUCAUUAGAUUUGAUGACACCAAUCCUUCAAAGGAAAAAACCGAAUUUCAGGAUUCUAUCUUGGAAGAUUUGGAACUCUUGGGUAUCAAGGGUGACAGAGUUACCUACUCUUCUGAUUAUUUCCAAGAGAUGUUUGACCUUUGUGUCCAGCUAAUCAAGGAUGGUAAGGCCUACUGUGAUGACACGCCAACGGAAAAGAUGAGAGAAGAGCGUAUGGAUGGUAUAGCCUCGGCAAGAAGAGAUCGCUCAGUGGAGGAAAAUCUCAGAAUCUUCACUGAAGAAAUGAAAAACGGUACUGAAGAAGGUUUGAAAAACUGUGUUCGUGCCAAAAUUGACUACGAGGCCUUGAACAAGACGUUGCGUGAUCCCGUUAUCUACAGAUGCAAUUUGACUCCUCAUCACAGGACCGGCUCUACUUGGAAGGCUUAUCCAACUUACGAUUUCUGCGUUCCUAUCGUCGAUGCCUUGGAGGGUGUUACCCACGCUCUACGUACCAUUGAGUACAGAGACAGAAAUGCUCAGUACGAGUGGAUGCUUAAUGCCCUGAAAUUGAGAAAGGUUCACAUUUGGGACUUUGCUCGCGUCAACUUUGUGAGAACUUUGUUGUCCAAGAGAAAGCUUCAAUGGAUGGUCGACAAGGACUUGGUUGGAAACUGGGAUGAUCCAAGAUUCCCAACGGUGAGAGGUGUAAGAAGAAGAGGUAUGACAGUUGAAGGUUUGAGAAACUUUGUUCUGUCGCAAGGUCCCUCCAGGAAUGUGAUCAAUCUGGAGUGGAACUUGAUCUGGGCGUUUAACAAGAAAGUUAUCGACCCAGUGGCUCCUAGACAUACCGCCAUCGUUAACCCAGUCAAAAUGCACAUCGAAGGCGCUUCCAAAACUCCUGACGUGCAGAUGAGACCUAAACACAAGAAAAACCCAGCUGUGGGAGAGAAGAAGGUUAUCUACUACUGUGAUGUUCUCAUCGAUCAGGAUGAUGCCGAUUUGAUCCAAGAUGGCGAAGAAUUGACUUUAAUGGACUGGGGUAACGUGAUCGUCACGGGCAAGAAUGCCGAUGGCUCUUUGGAGGCCAAACUACAUUUGGAGGGUGACUUCAAGAAGACCAAGUUGAAAUUGACCUGGUUGGCUGACACUCAGGACAAGGUUGAUAUUGACCUCGUUGAUUUCGACCAUUUGAUCACAAAAGACAAAUUAGAAGAAGGUGAAGAUUUUGCUGAUUUCCUGACCCCACAGACUGAGUUUCACACUGCCGCCAUCGCCGACUUGAACGUAAAAGACAUGGUUAAAGGUGACAUUGUUCAGUUUGAAAGAAAGGGUUACUACAGACUAGACUCCUUGGCAUCAGGCGACAAACCCUACGUUUUCUUCGGAAUCCCAGAUGGUAAGUCUGUGAACAAAUACGGCGCCAAGAAAUAG